AUGAUAAGCAGCGGCGGAGCGACCGCGCCAGCGCCUAAGAAGAUCUUUGUCGAGCUCGACAGUGAUUCAGAGGAUGAGUUUAUCGAAAUCGUCAACGACGAUGCGGAGCCAGCCCUCGAAGACAUGCUCCACCAGCUCGAGCACAACAUGACCUUGCGCCAGCAGGGCCAGCGGCCCUCGGGGCUCGAGUCAGGCCUCUCGAAGGACCCGGCGUUCUUCAUGGUCAAGCUGCGGGAGCGCGCCGCGAGCGCCGUGGGCGGUGGCAGCGCCACUGGCUCCCCCCGCUCCGACCGCGGGACGCCGAAAGUGAAGACGUUGAAGUUCGCGACACGCGACGCCUCUCAAACCGACCCCGGGAACUCCCUCAGCGCGCGCACCAAGCGCUGCAAGUCGGCACGGUUCGUGCGCGGGCGCCUGUCCGCCACCGGCGGGUCCUCCACGGGCGAGGGCGCCGCGGCCGCACACUGCAGCGCGCCGCGCACCUUCUCGGAGAGCGGCGGCGCGCUGGUGCCCCAGACGCCGCUCACGCGGGAGAGCGGACGGUCCCGCCUGGCGCGCUUCGCAGACGAGACGGCGUGA